AUGGAAUAUGAUUCGAUUUCGUCAAACGAUACCGAUAUUAUGUAUAUGGAAUAUAAUAUAACAUCACUCGAUGCAUUGGGUCCAGAAAUGCAAGCAUUUCUAAUCAGUUUAUAUUCUUUAACUGCUAUAAUGGCAUUUGCUGGGAAUAUAACAGUUGUUAUAGUACUUUUAACUGGUAAAAGAUCAUCGAGAGAAUUAAGAAUCUUCUUGAUUAAUCUUGCUUUAUCCGAUAUAACUAUGGCCAUAUUUUCUAUCCCAUUUACUUACACAGAUUUUAUGUUUGGUCGUUGGAUAUUUGAUCCGAAUUUCUGCCCUUUCGUACAAUUUAUGCAGCAUUGUUCCGUUAUAGUCAGUGUGUAUACGUUAGCUGUUAUCGGUGUCGAUAGGUAA